UAGGAAAAGUUUAAUGAAAAUAAACAAAGUCGCCCCGACGUGACGCGCAGUUCGUACAGUAUUUUGUCUACUACAUCCGGUGUGCAACGUGCCGGACGUAGCAGUGCUGAGUGUGUAUAUUGUAUAGGCAGUGUGGCCUGUAGCAUUCCGCGGUCCGAUUGCCGGAAUUCAACAAACACAUGAGAAUCAAAAAGACGCAACAGCGCAGCAGUAAAAAUAAUCACCCAGACGCAGCAGGCUACGAAUUUGUAAUUCCUUACCGCAAGCGUGCUUCAGCUGGACGAAGUCAACCGUAACCGAGGCAAAGGUUCCGGCGAGGCUUUCGAGCGUGCACAGGAGUCCCGUACUGAACGGAAAUACCCACACAUACCAUGCCGCGAAACGGUGAAGCAUCCUCCGGGCUGGAUAAAGGGGUCAGCAGUUCGAAAUCCGCCCCGGAAUGGCUGCAUCCGGAUCAUGUCAUCAUGAACGAGGGCGUCACGUUCGACGUGCGGUACAUAGGAUGUUUGGAAAUUAAAGCUUCGAUGAAAAUGCUCGAUUUUCCUACGCGAUCACAGGUGGCAAAGGAAUGCAUCAACCGAGUAUGUGAGGCGGCAAGCUUGAAGAGCUCCAAAAAGCGGCGAGUAGACAAACGCGUCCUGCAGUGCAUAUCCGAUACGCCCGACAUGGAACACGCCGGCACAAACGUGACGCUCACCGUUUCCAGCAAGUACCUGUCGUUGGUGAACGUGGACACGGGCGAGAUCAUCGCGAAGCACGACAUGCCCAGAAUAUCGUUCGCUUCCGGCGGUGACACGGAUACACUCGAUUUUGUAGCAUACGUCGCCAAGGACCUGAAUGAAUGGAGGGCGUGCUACGUGCUGGAAUGUGGUGGCAGUCUCACGCAGGACCUGAUAGCGACCGUGGGGCAAGCGUUCGAGCUGCGGUAUAAGGAGUUCUUCAAGCAGCCGGAGACGCAAAACAAGUUCCGCGAGCUGACCCGCUCGGACAAGGAAUACUACAACGAUCUGCCGGAUAAGAUGCCACCGGAUCUGCUGACGGAAAACGAUCACCAUUCGUCUUCACAGUCGCACAGUUCUUCCAGCGCAAAGACGCGGGAAAGGAUACCGAGCAAUUUGAUCGAUCUGAACACUCCCCUUCCCAGCCAUGACUAUGUUAAUGAUAAGCAUUCGAACACUGCAAACUCGCACAGCAAUAAGUCACUAUCUUCCAGUUCCGUCACGAAGGACGUGUUCGAUAUGCAACCGUUCACAAUGACGCCCGAGCAGCAAAAGUCUCAGCUGCUUACCGAGUCCUGGUACCACGGCAGCAUCAGCCGGGCACAGUCCGAGCAUCUGCUGAAAAACGACGGUGAUUUCCUGGUGCGAGAAUCGGCCGGUACGCACGGUCAGUACGUGCUGACCGGCAUGCAGAACAACUCGCCCAAACACCUGCUGCUAAUCGAUCCGGAAGGAAUCGUACGAACCAAAGAUCGCGUUUUCGAAAGUAUUAGCCAUCUGAUAAACUUUCACUGGACGAACUCGCUGCCGAUCAUCUCCGCGGAGAGCGCGCUGCUCCUCCGACACCCGAUACUGCGGACGACCGACCUCCUGUCGAAGGCCAAGCAGGGCCAUCUGAACCUGCAGUGAGUGGUACAAGUGCGUGCACUUUUGGCGAACCAGCCAGUCAGUCAGUCAAUAUCGGUAAGUCGCCACACUCGCUCAUGCGGUCUGCUGACCGUUGACGGGAAGUGAAAGAGCGAAAUAUUAGUUACUAUGCUAUUAUAUAUACAUAAAACUAUACAUAUAUAAACUUAAUAUUAAGCACAAGCAAACAAACAAAACAAACAAACAAAACAAACAAAACAAAACAAGGGAGAUCGGAUUCCGGUCGGAUGUUGAUUGCCGAUAGCGGCGCAACGAAGUUAACCAUAACUGGAUGGAACACAGGGCAGGGCAAGAUUUAGUUUUUCUUCCUGAAGUAUAUAAGAGUAGCCAGGAGACAAGGAAAUACUACCUUUAAAAAUAAAAACAACGAUAUCGGCAGGUGCGCAUGUGUGUGAUAACAUAAGGCUGGUUGCUUUCUUUUUUCGGUACAUUUUUUCGUUUUCCAGUUUUGCUUACUGACGAACUCAGAAUUUCUAAGAAUUACAAGCACAAAAAAAACGCAAAACAAUAUUACCAAUACAACACAUGAUGCAAAAACGAACCAAGGCGAAAAAGAAAGCAACCAGAGAUGGCUAUCAGAGGACAUCGGCGGUAUUUGGGGGUGGGUCUGACCAAGGUUAUGAGUGGUGGUUAAACUCGAAACACUCGUGAGGAAUAAACUGAAUCGCAUCUCUAUAUCUUUAUAUUGACAUAUAUAAGCAAACUUAAUAUAAACAAACAUACGACAAGUGCAGACACAAAUUAGAAAUUCCGCUGACAAAGGAACAGACGGAUUGGAAGAGGAAGGUGUACUUUUCAAACAUUUUUCUCCUAUAAUAACAUUAUAACUGGUGCGAGACCAGUGCAACCAACAACUAUUCUCCCCCGACGGAAGUAGGAGCAACCAAGCGGAUGUGUAAAGUGAAUUACAAAUUUUCAAGUAAAAUAUAACGGCAUAGGGCAAGUGUCGCAGACGGAGAAAAGGACACCGAGGGUGACAAAAAGAGAUAUAUUAUUGUUGUUAGUUCAGACAUAAAAGUGCAAUCAAAACGAGCGAUAGAUUAUGUGCAGCCAGCCCCAUUAUCAGGCACAUUUGACCGAAUUGACUAGGAGCCGAAUACGAUAAAUACGGUAUGUACGCUUUGAUUACGAACUUCUGCCCCUGAAGUGCACGCCCCUUGUAGUUUUUAUGAGCGCUGCGCGUUCUAGCGUUCUAGCUUCUACUUCACAAGUUUCUAGUUGAAGCGUAAAUACAAUAUACAACUACCCGAGAGCGGACAUCACAAAGUGUUGCCAUUCGUUAAGGGGGGAAAGUGCGGUAGUAUGCACUAUCUGAGCGAAAAAUAUUUCUCUUAGUCCAAUCUUGAUGAAAUAUCUUAUUUUUAACCAGUUCGACUCAUUGUAAUCGUUUCUGUCAACAACAACAAAUACAAAGGAAAAAAAACCCGUUAAACUUCCAAGUGUUACUAAAAUGCAGCAGAAAUGGAAUGCGACAACUCAGAACAAACGUAUGAAACU